AUGGAUCGUGCAGCUAGUACAAAACGUGAUGUCCUUGAGCGCAUGCUGCUCGAUGAAAGUGUAGAGCCGACUGAUCUGCCAUUAUCACUUUUGGAAAACAUCACAAAUGGUUUCUCCGAUGACAAACGAAUAGGAAGCGGUGGGUUUGCUGUGGUUUAUAAGGGAAUGCUUAGGAAUGGGACAAUUGCUGUGAAGAAGUUGUUCAAUACCCAUUUGCAUGAGAACAAAUUUCAUCAAGAGGUUGAAUGUCUAAUGAAGGCGGACCACAAAAAUGUAGUAAGAUUUCUUGGAUAUUGUGCUGACACACAAGGAAGGAUGGAAAUCUACAGUGGGAAGCUUGUCAUGGCAGAUGUACAACAAAGAUUACUGUGCUUUGAGUAUUUGCCUAAAGGGAGUCUUCAUGAUUAUAUCAUCGGUAGGGUACUCAAAAGUUGGGGGAAUAGGUUGGACAAAAUACACAGAGAAAAGCAGUUGGAGCAAUUACGAGUGUGCGCUGAAAUAGGGAAAGAAUGCACUGACUAUGAUCCAAGAAGGAGACCAGAUGCACGGGAUAUUGUCCGUAGACUUGAUGAAGCGGAUAUUGUGGAUGGGUAUAUUGUCACUGACAUGAGUAACUUAUCAAGAGCACAGAAAAUACACAAGAUAGAGGAGCAUGGCGACGGACUAUUUGGUGCAAUUGGUCCUAAGCUGUCCCUCAAGUGCCUUCUUCGAGUGUCCCGGUCGGAUUACGGCAGAGUGGCCUCCUUGAGCCGGCACUUCCGGACUCUGGUGCGCAAUGGGGAUAUCUACCGCCUACGGCGGCUGACCGGGGUAGCAGAGCAUUGGAUCUACGUCUCUUGUAAAUGGGGAGAGUGGACUGCAUAUGACCUGGAGCGCAAGCGCUGGAUCCGAGCACCCAAUAUGCCAGUAGAUGAAAAGUUCAUGUGGGGUAACCAUCAGCAGUCGCUCGUUGUGGGCACAGACCUGCUCGUGUUUGGCAGAUGGGGCUUUCUGUUAAUAUAUAGCAUCCUAACCAAUUCAUGGAUUCAGACGACUGAUGCGACGAACUUCUUUCCGUGCUGCCUAUUUGGUUCAACAAGUGUGGGGCAAAAAGCCUAUCUGGCAGGCGGAACUACUGAUUAUUAUGACGGGGUCUUGAGCACCGCAGUAGUGAUGUAUGAUUCUGAGGAAAAAGUUUGGGAGCGCCUCCCAAGCAUGAAUAGAGCUAGAAAGUUGUGUUCAGCAGCAUUCAUGGACGGGAAGCUGUAUGUGAUUGGUGGGGUGGGCAGCAACACAGAGGUAUUGACCUGCGGGGAGGAAUACGACUUUGAGCGGAGGUCGUGGAGGGUGAUCGACAACAUGGCUGAGGGUUUCAUGAUCAACACAGAAUUGCUUGGUCCUACUGCUCCUCCUGCUGCAGUUGUCAACAACGAGCUUUAUGCAGCAGCUUAUCACAGUUACACUGAGAACAAUGUCAUCAAGUAUGACAAGCGGAACAAUAGAUGGAUCACACUUGGAAAAUUGCCAGAAGAUUGUCAUUCCAGUCUUAGACCGGGUAUUGGUUUCAAAGCAUGCGAUGACAAAUUGAUCUUCGCUGGAGGCAACGACUGGGCUGAAUGUCAUGACGCUGUUAAGCUUUACUCAUGGGUCCCCAAUGAGCAGCCACCUGUUUGGAAUUUGAUUGCCAGGCAUCCCUCAGGUACUGACGUGUUUAAUUUCGCCGUGAUGAGUUGCUGA